AUGAUGCAAGCCAAACCGCCGAUCUCUUCUUCAAAGAAGUGGUGCGCUCACAUGGAGUGCCUCGUACCAUUGUGUCCGACCGAGACACAAAAUUCCUCAGUCACUUCUGGAGGACCUUGUGGAAAAAGCUUGGAACCAAGCUCCUUUUCUCUACCACUUGCCACCCACAGACUGAUGGUCAGACCGAGGCACUCUAUUACUAACCUCUCCCCUUUUGAGAUCGUGUAUGGCUUUAGACCAGAGACUCCGAUGGACCUAUCCGCACUUCCCCCAGCCAUGCAAGAGACUUUGGAGAAGAAGGCUGAACGGAACCGGAUCAAGCUCAACAAUGGGCGCACCGAAGUUAUCUUCCAACCAGGCGACUGGGUGUGGCUCCAUAUGAGGCCAGAGAGGUUCCCGGAAGAGAGGAAGAGCAAACUAUCCCCACGGGGGGACGGACCAUUCCGAGUGCUCGACCGAAUCAAUGACAAUGCCUACCGACUAGAGCUGCCAGAUGACGGAGAUGUUCUGAGGACAGAACCUGUUCAAGAGGGAGGGGAUGUUGCAGUCCCCAUAACUGAGGUUCCCAUCAUCCGCAAAGGUCCUACCACAAGGUCCGGUUUAAGGGUUAUAAGAGCUGGAUUUGCCAAAGCUGUCCAGGAGUUGCUUGCACAGGAACAAACCGGAUUCAAGCAACUAUUGAUCCAGGAGUUGGCCGACUUAAAGCUUGAAGACACCAGCGAGCCAUUGGAGCCUGCAACAGGCUACAUUGUUGUUAAUCACUUCAAAGCCAUUCUAGGGCCUACUGCACUGACGCCUCCUCCCGUACAAUCUACGCCAGACUGGUUCCACGCAACUAUAGGCUACCGAUGCCCAAGCAAUCUUCUACCUUCUUUGGUAUCGAUACCAACUGCUGAGGAAAUCUCAAAGAUGAUGUUUCGGCUGAAUCCUAACAAAGCGCCAGGGCCUGAUGGGCUAACUUCAGGGUUUUUCAAAGCAUCAUGGUCGCUUCUAGGGGAUGAGGUGGCUCAGUCUAUCAUUCACUUCUUUUAUACCUCGUUCCUCCCGACUUCUAUUAACUCAACCAUCCUUGCUCUGAUCCCCAAGAGACCGGGAGCUUCAGCUAUCUCUGACUUUCGCCCCAUUGCUUGCCUCAAUACAGUCUAUAAAGUGAUCUCAAGGCUUCUAGUGAAACGGUUAAAACCUAUACUGCCUUCUCUAAUUGUGCCUAACCAGACUGCGUUUGUGAAAGACAGGUUAUUGGUGGAGAACACGGUCCUUGCGGCAGAAUUAGUGCAUGGAUACCAUAAAAGACAAGGACCGAAGCACAUCACCAUCAAGGUCGACAUUGCAAAGGCUUUCGACACACUCUCAUGGGAGUUUCUGUUCAACUGCCUAGAGGGGCUACAACUUCCUGAGGUGUUGCUGAAGAGGCUUAAAGCGUGUAUUUGCUCACCUAGCUUCAUGAUUGGAUAUAAUGGAAGUGUUCAGGGGUACUUUAAAGGAAGAAGGGGUCUGAGGCAGGGAGACCCCUUAUCCCUUUAUCUGUUUGUGAUAGCCAUGAAUGUGCUCUCUAUUAUGCUGAAUAAAGCGGCUCAGGACUUGAAGAUCAACUACCACUCCAAAUGCUCAUCCUCAAAGCUCACCCAUCUUUGCUUCGCUGACGAUCUACUCAUUUUCAUUGAUGGGAGCCUUGCAUCAGUUCAGAAUGUGCUUCAGAUCCUUCGUGAGUUUGAGCUACGCUCGGGUUAG